AUGGGCAAACGUAAUACCAGAAACAGUGUCGGUACAAGUGGCAGCAAAAGUAGUAGCUGUGGCAGUUGUACCUAUGUGGAAAAUCCAGAGGUGCUUAAUAGCAAAUUUCCCCCAAAAAAUACACAUAUAAAUGAUUCAGAUGAGGUGGCAAAUAAUUGGAUUUAUAAUAAAUAUUUGUAUGAAGGUAAAAAUAAAACGAAUAGUCAUUGCAAAAGUAAUAUUAUUACACUACCCGUAAGCAGUAGGAAUAAUUAUAAUCCCGAGGUAAGUAGUAAAAAAAAAAAUACAUAUUUUUCGAAACCUAAAAAAGAAUAUGUUAUGAAUUCACCAAGGAAAAAACUAUCUGAAAAACAGAUAGACGAAUUGAUACUGAAGUAUAAAAAAAAAAAACAUCAUGAAACAUUUUUGACAAAUAAUAAUCCUGACAAAAGACACACCUACCACAAUGCAAGAACAAAAUACAACACCCUAAGUUAUGAUAACAGCACUUUAUUCCAGUCCGAAAAUAAUCACACGGAUCUCCAUGACGGCAUACUUACCUCGGCUGCAACAAUCACUGCGACCACCCUGUUAGAUGGAGACAAACUUGAUGAUUAUCAAACUCUUCCAUUUUUAAGUAAAAAAAUACAGGAUCAAAGCAUUUCCACAGAAACUGCAUCGCAUAUGUUGAACUGUAAUAAGAGGAAUUCAUCCCUCAGAAGGUACAAUAAUCGAAUAAGUGAACACACCGAUUAUUGUAAAAGAGAUAGUAUCAUCAGUGAUCAUCCAUCUUGCAACAGUGAAGCUUUCCCUUCCACUUGUAGAGGAGACUAUGACAAGGUGAGCAUUUCUGUGGAUAGAAGUUAUAAGCCGAAUCAGCACAGACACAGGAGAUAUAUGCAUGAUGGGUAUGCACAAAAUAGGCAUACGCAAUAUGGCUGUUCCCAUGGUAAUUAUACUAAUGGUAGUUGUAAGGAUAACGGGUACCUGUACGAUAUCUACGAGAGAGAUUAUUACACAGGCAGUGGUCGAAGCAGAAGAGGAUCUAUCGCUCGUACUUCAUUGAACAGUGAUUACAACCAUGAAGAAGCUAGUAGAGAAAAAUUUAAAUACUAUAAAAAAUAUUUAAGCGAAAAUAGAAUCUCAGAGAAGUACAAAAAGGGUAGGGAUCAUAUGAACAAGUCAGAUAAGAUUAUCUCGACAGGUGAAAAAGGGAAAGAAGAAAUAGACAUGACCAAAGAAUAUUCUGAUAUAGAAUCGAAUGAGAACAAAAUGAAUUAUAAUUAUACACAGGAUAAAAAUUAUUUAUAUGAAGCAUUUUUUCAUUUAACGAAUAAAUCCGAAAAAAUAAAAAACAAGAAAGAGGGAAAAGAUACGGAGGAGACAAAAUUAGGAACCGAAGACAACAGAUCCAGAAACAAAUCAUGUAAGGUUGAUAGUUUAAGAGAAAAUGAAAUAAAUAGAGAAAGACUAACAAAUGAUAAAUGCUUUGCAAGCUACUUAGACAAAUGUAGAAACUCAAGUUUUGAUAUACAGAAUGUAUCAGUUGAUAAGGAUAAUAAGAAAAAGAAGUAUGGAGAUGUAGCUGAUUUAGAAAAUUAUGUAAAAACACAUGGGAAAAAGACAAAUGAGGUUAUACGAAACGGUUAUUCUAACCACAUGGGAGAAAGUACAUUUAGAGGAGUUUCUUGUUUUGAUGACAUACUUAAAUACAAUUCGGAUGAUUUCUGUAGCUAUGAAAUUGAGACAAAAAAAGGUCCAAAGGAAAGAAAAGAAAAUAGUUCAAAUGUCCGUGAGCACGAAAAGAUUGAGGGGACACUGAGGGGUAGAGCAAUCGAACCAUUUGGUGACCAGCGUACUCCAGGAAAAGAAUCGUUCACGCAAGACUGCAUGAAACAAGUAAAAAAUAAAAAUAGAUCAUUUGCAAGUUUGGAUGCAAACUCGAGAGUAAACCUAAAUGUAAAUCAUUUAGACAACACACAUUUAACUUCAAACCAUUUCAAAAGCACACAUUUACAUGUCAGUACCACGUCGCAUGCUUCAAAUGAUAGUUCCACAUUAUAUGAUGACUAUGUAAAUUAUUCCAAUAGAAGAGCUAAAAAUUUGUAUUGCAAUAAUGGAAAUUUAAAAAAUUCAAUGAAAUGUCAACCCUAUGAUACUACUGAUGAUGUCUGUGCCAUAAGUAGCCAUCUAAUUUCACCCCAUCUAACCAAAGAACAUAAAGAAAAACUUCAAAAAAAUGAUGAAUCAAAUCCUUAUUCUUUUAAAUCGACUUUGUUAAAGAGUACCUAUCAGGAUCAUCAUGAUAUUAACCCAGAUAUUAAUUCAUAUACAUCGAAAAAUACACAUCUUGAUAAAUCAUGUAAAUGGAAUAAUCUACUAUCUCCUAGCAGAAGAUUAUCGAAUAGGAAAAACAAAAAGGUAGAACCUGAUCCAUCCAUUCGCAAGUUAUACGUAAACUCUGAUAAGAAUGCCAACACUUUCAACGAUUUUGUUGUAUGUUCUCCUUGUAGUGCCAGCCUUAACCACAAUAGUCAGAGUUAUCUCAUACCUGAGAAUUGCAGUUAUGGUUUCAAGAAGAAUUCUAACGAUGAGCAGAAUUGGGAGGAAGUGGGCACACCUGAACUGAGAAAUGGUGAAGUACGAACUGGUGAGGUAAGAACUGAUGAGGUAAGAACUGAUGAGGUAAGAACUGAUGAGGUAAGAACUGAUGAAAUGAGAGCCGAUGAAAUGAGACUGGGUAACGUUCAGAAAACGUCUAACAAGCCCUUCCGUCCCAAAAAACCAACGAAAAAAAUCCAAAGUAGCAAUGGCGAUAAAUUUGGAACAGAAGACAAUGAUUUUAUUCGAAGCAUACGAAAGAAGUACGUCUUCAAAGAGGGUGAUGAAUUAUUAAGCAGCAUUUUGAACUUUAGAAAAAAAAAAAAAUCUGAAAAAAAUGCGGAUACUGCCCAUCAAGAAGUGCAGGGCUUCCAUACCCCAAAAACAUUUCAUAAGAGGGAAUCGAAUGAAAAUCUCAACAGUGGCAGCAACAACAAUGGUAGCCAAAACUAUAAUAGAGACACCACUCGUAAGAGUAAUGAGAUCAAUAUGGACGAGACUGCAUCGUUCAUGUACCUUAAAAACCGCACCUACACUAGACCUAUGCAUAUUGACGAUUUUGAUUCUGGGGGUGUACAUGUUGUGAAUGAUUCGAAUGAUGAACAUAGUAAAGAAUAUGACUGUAGUUAUAGUGGCCAGUGUAGCAGCGAACAAAACGGAGAAAAUUACAGCAACAAAGGGAAACGAAAUUCAAGCUGUUGGAGCACUCCAUAUUAUAAUGAUGUUUUCAUCCAUAUUUUUCUUUAUAUUUUAAAAUUUUUAUAUUAUUUAUUUAGCUACUGUAUGAAGAUUGUAAUAUUACUUAUAGUUUAUAUUUUUCAAAUAAUAAUAAAAAAAUCCUUUACAACUGUAGUUGUUUCAGUGGUGAUUGCAGUUCCUUUUUUUCUCUUUCUUCUAUCCGUACUUAUAUUAUCCUACAGAAGUAUGAACACGGAAUAUUUUGAUAAGGAUAUUUGA